UAAUGUAACCUUCCACCCGUAGCACGGGCUCGGCUACACCGCCGCUACUAAAGCAUGCCGUUGUUAAUACGGCCACCAUUGUGUUCAAAUAACGAGACUAAUGUCACAUUAAAACAUCAUGGGGAGCACCUGUGGAACAAUUAAUAUUUGUGAAACUUUCAUGUGAUUUCUUCUUUCAUUUUUGAUUUACGUUGGCAUUUUCACAUUUAUCACAAAAUUGGAAGAAAUGAUCCAAGUCGAAAGCUUCAAGCGUCCGUCGCCGUCGCCGUCAAGAAGUUCCGUGCGGAGUGACAGCAGAGUAUUCCGGCAGCCGCGAGUUAUCACAGUGAACCGUGAUGCAGCCACUAUGGUAGACGGGGAAGCCAGCGGACAGGCUUCAGCAGGUGCCGCGCCCACGGACUGGGAAACACGCCUUACACAAAACGCCGCUCACUUCCGAUCUCGCACGUUUAGCGACGGUUUCAUCAGAAACACCAGUCUCGAGCUCCUGCUUGGAGUCGAUUGUGAGGCCUGCCUUGCCCUCGCUGCACAAAGACAAUGUCUCGACGAACACAUAUCGAAACAUGAUUUUGAUCUAGUUUGUAACUGUAAUGUGCAACAAAACAACUUUGUCAAUUGCCAUCGGAACGUCGAUCAGCGAGGCCACACUCUCAACAUCUACGACUUGGAAAGAAUUAAACGGGACACCGGCCGGAGCCAGCUCACUAUCGGAUCCCAUCGGAGCCUUGAUAGAAAAUACAACAAAAGUAGGACUAUCGGUGUGUCAAACUACAUUUCAAAACAGUUAAUAUCUUACGAUCCUAGGAAUACACUCGUGCAAAAGAUAAAAAGGAAGCUAUCUAACUUAAAAAAGAUGGGCGGCGAGGCAAUAUCAAAAAAACAUCAAAACGCUGUCCAACUGGCCGAGAUAACAUCAGGGUCGACGAGCUCUCUCAAGAAGGCAUCGAUGUUGUCACUGGCAGACAAGUCGCAAAGGAGAGUGAACAGUCAAAGUUGUAUAUUUACUUCGUCGGGCUAUCAAGGAAAGGAUGAUAAUAUGAAGAGUAACGUUUCUACGUACGCUAAUUUUUCUGGGAAUGUGGACCAAUGUUUUGAUAAACUCAGAGAUUAUAAUUUAAGUUCAGAUGUUAAUAGACGAACCUCACAAAAAAUGAUUAAAAUGAGGAGUUUUGAUAAUAACGAUAUACUUGUCACUAGAAACUCACCAGGUUUAGAAAGAACUAAAUUUUCUACUUUAGACAAUCGCAGUCGGUGCAAAAGUAUUAAACGGCAAAUGUCAUACAACGAUUUUCCAAGUGAACGAUAUCGAGAUAGAUUGUCGGAGACUUGGACGCGGGACGAGAGCACAAUGGAGUCGAGGAGCACUCGCAGUGAUUUAGUGGAUGACGACGCACAAACGUUCCUCGAGGGCGACGUGAUGGCGAUGAGCGGGCCGCGCGGCGCACACGCACUCUGCACCUGCGAGGCGCCGCAAGAAACCAGACUACCGUCUAUUUUUUACGACACCCACGGGAAAAAACGAGCGACGCCGGCCCCCGACGUAACAGAGCGCGGACAGGGACGGGUGUCCUGCAACGCAUGCAAGUCUCCGCAGUGGCUGUCCACGGGCACCACGUCCACCACCAGCCACAGCUCCACAACCACUGGGAACUCCUCUCGGUUGUCCUUAUGGCAUCGACGCUGGUGCUGCGUGGCGAUUUUGGUGCUGGUGGCGGGGACUGCGUGUGUCGCCGGGCCCCUGGCACUACGGGCCCCACCUGGAGCACCCUUGCACGAGCGACUACGCCUCGCCGAGCGCUUGUUACACGACACUCCACUCAUAGACGGCCACAACGAUCUACCUUGGAACAUAAGGAAGUUUCUACACAAUAGAAUUAAGGAUUUUAAUUUCGACGAGGAUUUGCGGACGAUAUCCCCGUGGGCAACAAGUUCGUGGAGCCACACCGACCUGCCUCGACUGAAACAAGGCCGAGUGGCCGCACAGUUCUGGGCCGCGUACGUGCCAUGCGACGCGCAGCACCGGGACGCGGUGCAGCUCACCUUCGAACAGAUCGACUUGAUACAACGCCUCACUGACAAGUACCACCCACAGCUGACACUCUGCACCUCCGCUGAAGAUAUAAUAACGGCGCAUACCAACCACAGACUGUGUUCUUUGGUGGGAGUGGAGGGAGGGCAUGCAAUAGGAGGCUCCCUUGGCGUCCUAAGAACGCUGUACCAAGUUGGAGUUCGAUAUCUGACGCUUACAUCUACAUGUGAUACGCCUUGGGCUGAAUGCGCGUCUGGAGAUAAACCUGAACCAUCGCCCCGAGGUGGACUUACGCCAUUCGGAAAGAUAGUGGUGAAGGAAAUGAAUCGCCUGGGCAUGUUGGUGGACUUGUCGCACGUGUCCGAGCGCACGAUGCGCGACGCGCUGGCGGUGUCACGCGCGCCCGUGCUGUUCUCACACUCGUCGGCGCGCGCGCUCUGCAAUGUGACGCGCAACGUACCGGACGCUGUGCUGCGCCUACUCGCCGCUAACAAAGGGCUCAUCAUGGUCAAUUUUUAUACGUCGUUCCUUACUUGUAAGGAUACUGCAACAGUUCAAGAUGCCAUUGCACACAUUAAUCAUAUAAGGGAUGUAGCCGGUGUGGACAGUGUAGGCCUUGGCGCUGGUUACGACGGCAUUAAUUAUACUCCUCAAGGAUUAGAGGAUGUGUCGUCGUAUCCACUGCUGUUCGCUGAGUUGAUGGAAGAAGGUUGGAGUAUAGAGGAACUUAAGAAGUUAGCAGGUCUGAACCUUCUUCGUGUGAUGGGAGCUGCGGAGAAGGUAGCGCGCGAGCUCGCGGCUGCCCGCGUCGCGCCGUACGAAGACGUGGCGCCUAAACCGUUUGACGCGCACAACUGUUCUAGCCAAGAUCUUUAACUCAAUCCUAUCUAACACCAUUAUUCACUUCAAAAAUUAACUUAACCUAUAAUGUCGUUCUCGAACAAUUUUUGUUACUUAGAAUUUAGAAUAUUGAUCAGGUUAAGAUAAUUCUUGAAAAGACUGUUUGUUACCUUUUAAAAUAUUUUUGUUGAUUGUUGAAAUUUGUUAAACCCUUAAAUCGAACUCGGCGCGGUGUUGUGUGUUUGUGAUCAGCUACUUUGUGGAACUUUCCGAUAUAGUGACAUUUUAUUCAAAGUUAAUAAAAAAAAACACUUCUUGCGCCCAAACAACAUUGAUACACAAUAAAUAGAGGUAUACAAGUAAUAUUUUUGAUCCAGCAACGCACAGUCAAGGAUCUGAUAAUAGUAAUAAAUAAUAGUCAUCUAUCUCACUCGAGUCUCGGCCGGGACACAAUAGCCACGCAUUACUUACCUACCAUAUCUAAUCAAUUUGUAAACAUAAGUAUUGUUUGCUCUACGACACCACUACUAUCUAUGACCGUUCCUUAAUUAACUUUUUGCGCAUAAUAUGUUACAUACAAUGUAUUACAAUAUCUACCUACUUCGUAUUGUAUCUGCUAGUACUUAUGGACCGAUACUGUCUAGACUAUCUAAUGUUGCAUAUUACUUACAACAAAUUGAGAAAUGUGAAUGACGCUUUUUUUUUCAAUUAAAACGUUGCCCCAAAUUAGGAUUUUCUCCUGUGUCGUGGGUGCGUUUACAAACAUACA